UGGAAGUGCAAACAGGGGAAGCUCAUCAUCCCAAAACUUUUUUCCUAAAAUGGUGGAUAAUUGUGAGAGCUGCAAGAAGUGGAGAGAACACUACUUUUGGGACCAUGCCAAGUGCAUCCACUUCUUCAAAACCAUGAAUGGUGACUUCUCCAAGCAAAUGAGCAUACCAGAGAAACUCACCAGUAAUUUCUGCAAAGUUGUGUCCCAAAACAUUGAGUUGAAAGAUCCAAUUGGGAAUUCAUGGAAUGUGAGAAUUGAAGAGAGGGAUGGGGCCUUGUGGUUUAGAAAUGGAUGGAAGGAGUUUGUGGAGGCUCAUUGUUUGGAAAUUGGUGAUGUUUUGAUGUUCAAAUAUAAUGGAAAAUCUUGUUUUGAUGUCCUGGUCAUGGAUGGUACUGGAUGUGAGAAAGUUUCAGCUUAUUUUAUUAAGAAAAACAACAAGAAAAGGAAUAUUGGAUGCGUUGAGAGAGAUGAUAACUCUGUUGAGAUUAUUAAUACUCCUUUUUGUAGUCCUACAGUGAUUGAAUGUGAUUCUUCAAGUAGCUCUGAAGGUGUUCAAUGUGAGCUUAAUCACAGAGCUAAUCAAUCAGAGAGGAAUUCCUCACAUAAGAUUGAUGAUGUAUUGUUGAACAAGAAGAGAAAGCCCGGGAGACCUUGUAUCAACUCAGAGGCUCAAGUUGAAUUGGCCAUGCCGAGAAAAUUCAAUCUUGGAAACAUCAUCGUAUCGAGAAAGAAACAUUGCACUGCUUUGGAAAAGAAGAGUUUGGUGCAGCUUGUUCGAUCUGUUAGGCCGAAAUAUCCAUUCUUCGUUUCCAUCAUGCAUUUGACUCAUGUCUCAAACAGAUGUUUCUUAACAAUCCCCAGUGGCUUUGUGCGGCGCCUUCCUAAUACAUCUCAGAUCAUUCUUCUGCAAACUCCGGGCGGGGAACGGAGCUGGGCGGUUAAUUAUCUUGUCCAGAAGAAUAUAACCGGAUUUACCGGCCAAUGGAAACGGUUCGUCAUCGAUAACAAGUUAAAGGAAGGUGAUAUUUGUUUGUUCGAGCUGAUUGGAAAGAAGAAAGAGAUCAGAAUGAAUGUUUAUUUCUGGCAGCCAAGUGAAUAUAGGAUUCCGCCGUGUUUUGCAAAGCAUUUGAAGGGGAGAGUGAGGUCCUUGCUCAGAAGCAGCAAUGGAGGUGGUGCCUGGCGUGUUAGGGUUGAUAAAUUGGAUGGAAGCUUGUUUUUUAGGGGUGGAUGGGAGUCAUUCGCGGAAGCACACUCGAUAACCGAUGGGGAUUUCGUUGUCUUCGUCUUUGAUGGUGAUCGUGGCUUCGAUGUCACGGUUUAUGGGAAGAAUGGCUGCGAAAAGGAGCUUCCUUCUCCGGUGAAGUCUGAGGAGGUCGUGGGUUGCUCGAUUCCUGAUUCGCGAGAAGUUGAUUCUGCAUUGGUUCAUGUGAGGUCUUCUAAAACCGUUGAUAAAGAAGGAAUUAUUGAAGCUGUAGGUGAUUUCAAGACUGUGCACCCGCAUUUCUUUGGUGUUUGCAGGAAGACACGCUUGAAUCACAUGACAGUGCCUAAACCAGUGGUCAGAGAGUGUGGCCUGUUUGAGAAGAGGUCUGUUAUUCUUAGGGAUUCUUUGGGUUGUUCAUGGGCUGUCAAAGUGAAGUCUCGGAAGGAUGGUCGUGUAGACUUUGCCACUGGGUGGUCCACUUUUCGUCGAGAAAAGGGCUUGGUGUAUGGAGAUGUGUGUCUUUUUGAGUUCGUUCAAGCAGGGAAGGUCAUAAAUGUUCACAUAUUUCGCACGAAAAAAGAAAUUGCAGAACCAAAAUCUGAGAAUCAUAUUGAACCACAGAAGAGACCUCUGGCUGAUAAUGGAGGACAGAGUGCUUUUAGAGCAGCAAAGUCUUUCAAAUCCAAGCAUUCACAUUUUAUUGUUUCUUGGAAACGUGCAUAUAAAUAUAAAGUGAGAAUCCCUAUGGUGCAUGUCAAAAUACACAGGCUAGAUAAGAAGCACAAAAUGAUUGUUUACGAUCCUCAUGGAAAGUCAUGGCCUGUGGAGCUCCAUGCUCGUCCAAAAAGGGGCACCGAUCUAUCCUCCGGUUGGCACAAUGUUUGCAAUGCCAACAACCUGCAAGAAGGUGAUGCCUGUAUCUUCGAGUUUAUUAGUGCAGAUGCAAUCCGUUUACACAUCUUCCGAUCCGGCAAAGUUAAAGAACAACAGAAUUCCGAUUCAAAGCCCUGCAUUACUGUACCAUUGCCAUAAUCUAUGGAUCAAGGAUGCAUUUCAUGAUUGCAUCACCCUGUAAUAUAUGUCUUAUUUCGGCAUUUCUGAUGAAGACCACCUCACAUAAUCCAUCCUGACUAUAAUGUUAUUCCCUACCCUUAGACUAUUAGGCUGAUUAGGAUGUAUUCUAGUAAUUUUGUAAUUAAUUAGAAUAUGUAGCAGAGUUGAUGAUUAUUAUCAACAUUGAUGUUGUGUAAUCCUUUUCAAUUUGGAUCUCCAAUCUCUUAUGGCUUUCUAACUUUUUUUCAGUGUUAAAUUCAUCGUUAGUCUGUGUAUUGUAACAAAUUGUUGAUUUAGUCUGUGUAUUGUAACAUAUUGUUGAUUUAGUGUUA